GGCGCCACUUGGCGGUGUAAAGGGUCGAAGUUCGUUGCGAUGUUAUAGUUUAAAAAAUAGAUUGUAGUUGUACAAUAUUGGGGCUAGUCUGCUGCAUUUUAUUAGUAUCUGUUGCAACACUGAACCGUGCUAAUUAAAGGGUAGUAUUUUUACAACUAAAUGUUGCCGUUUCGCGGUUCUUUAUCACUGCAUCGCCGAAUCCGUGUCCAGUGAUGGUUUCUACAACCUGCUGCAACGUUUGCAAAAAAUAAUCUCAUGUUAACCAUUCGUUCCGUUGCAGUCAGUUUAUCGCUCUUUGCUGUGGCACAAACGAUGAGCGUUGCAGCCGGACCCUCCACCGAGUCUCCGAGAUGUUGUCUCUCCACGGCUGCUGGGGCACGGCCGGGGAACUCGCCUCAGCUGCUGCGAUUGACAGCCGUCCCUGGCUACGAACAGCACCGGGUUAACGAUAUACUCCUUCUCAGCCCUGCUACUGGAACGGCGAGAUUAGGUGGCUCCGGUAGUAAGGCCGCGAGUAGUGAAAAUGCGCACGUAGUGUUUUUUCCUGGAGAUAUCCAGAAUUUCCAGCAGGAGAUGGCUCUCCAGCCUGAGGCAGCCCAGUGGCAGUCCUGGAGCCUGGAGAGAGUGGCUCUGGUCUUGGGCCUCCGAUUCCCAGGCCACCACGUCUGGAUCAUCCGCGCCUCGCGCAUGUACUUGCACAAGUUCAGCUGCUAUCAGAACUUCGUGGAGAGCAACCUGUUUGGGGCCCCGGAGCACACCCCUGACUAUGGAGCCUUCCGGCACCUCAGGGCACUCCUGGGCCAUGGGAUGGAGAGGGCGGGACUACCCAACCCACUCCCACCCUUAGGGAGCACUGCCGUCCCCGCCCCGCUACCGCCUGGUUUCUCCCUGACCGUAGUGGGUUUCAGCAAGGGCUGCGUGGUCCUGAACCAGAUGGUGUACGAGCUGUCGCGAGCCAGGGCUGACCCAGAACUCAAACUCUUCUUGGACUGCGUGUCAGACAUGUACUGGCUGGACGGAGGGCAUCCGGGGGGCAGCGAGACGUGGGUGACCGACAAACAGGCUCUCGGCGAGCUGGCGACCAGCGGAGUGUCCCUGCACGCUCACGUCACGCCCUACGAGGUGCGUGACCCCAUGAGGGCGUGGGUGGGACGUGAGCACAGGAGUUUCGUCCAGACGCUGGAGGAGCUGGGCGCGUGUCUCAGCCACAAGCUGCACUUCGAGGACGAGCCGGCGUCUAUCGAGAACCACUUCAGAGUCAUCGAGGUGUUCUGAUAUCGUCCCCAAAUCGUGCCUGAGAGCCAAAACCUGACAAAAGCGCUCAAUCCAUGACUGCAUUUGUAUUGCACAAAAAAAAAAAAAAAAAGAGAAAAAGAAAUUCCGUUAAGUCUUAGGGAGGCGAAAACCUCCAGUAUUCCACAAAGUGCAGAAGGGGGUUUUCGUACCUUCUAUUGUUCUGCUGAUCUGUAGACAAAAAAAAAAGCUUUACUUUAAACGAGUUUAACCUAUAGGCCUGUGAAGCCACAGCAAAAGAAUUAAGGUUCGCAUUACUGUUUUUGUGGGGUCAUAUUUAAGCUACAAUUUAAAAGUACAAUUUAAAAUUUCAUAUUUUCAGUUCUUUUUUUAAUUACCUCUGCCUGUGUAACCAAAGGGCUGUGUAUGCACCUGUAGGAACAGACAUUUGAUCAGAACUGCGAUGUUUCCCAUUCAUAGAUGAAUUUGCAUACCAAAUGUAUUCGAAUAAUUCUUAACAUUUCAGGUGAGCUGAAACGCAUGCACUUAUAAUGACAUCUGUAAACCUAUGAUUGAAUGUUACUUUCCUCUUGUAAUGAGUCUUACUAGAGCAUCUCUGUCUCCUUUAAGUUCUGCCACUUACAGUGAGACUGUUUCCUCAACGCUUUGUUUAUUUCACCAGUCGCCAGUCCAGAAAAGUGGAUUCUAAUUUAAGAAUAAGGGGCUUGCUAAUAUAGACUACACAUUAGAACAGGACCAACCUGUUGGAUACUGAAGGACUGAUUUUUUUUUUUUAAACAAGGAAAUGAAAACACGCUCUCUUUAGUGCACUCCCGGUCAAAGAUCUGCAGUGAUCGGUGGAAAAGACAAGAGGACUUAUGGAUCCGAGGGGCCAGAAUUGGAUAGGCCCAGACAAGAACUGGGAUGAAGACGGAGGGUCGACGGGACGUCCCGACAUGGUUCUCGUCGUCGUGAACUGGAGCUCUUCGGUCAACGGUCAACGUCCAGCACUUUCUAUUUAAAACUGCAUCAUUCUGAAAGCCGUUAUAUAUUCCUGUAAUGAGGUAUACUUCGCAAGUCAUCACCCCUCCCCCUCGAAUGUGAAAAGCAUAGAGUUGUUCCACAUGUGACUUGUUUUAAAUGGGUGAACUGUUAAAAAAAAAAAUCAGAGCUUAUUUUAACUAUAAGGUUUAGUUAUUCAUACCUUAUUCUUUAAUAAGAUUGCUGAGUAGCCUCUCAGUGUAAUUGAAUGUAUUAAGGACAAUCUCUCUGUGAGGGAGACUAAAUAAUCUUAAUUCUUGCUUCUAGGCUAAGCCGCAUACAUGCAGGUAGUUGGGAGAUGUCUUGUGCUAUAAUAAUCUGUAGUUAUAAGGAUCCAACACUCUGUGCUGAUGCGCCAAAUGGCUACUCACUGUGUAAUGUACUAAUUUGGUUGUUGUGGUAUGGCGUAAGCUAUGUCAAAGCCAGUGAGCCAGUAGAGAUUUGACACGCGUGAAACGUUAAUGAAUGUACUUUCUGCUUCACUUCCAUUCCAUUUGUUUGCAGUAUGCUCUUUUUGCUGAAAUAAAACAAAUCAGCCUUCAUGGUCAU